AUGGCUAUAUCCAUAAGACUCUUGUGUAGAAAUCAUCGUUUUUUCCAAAACACUAUUAGAACGGUAGAAUGGAGUAGAAAAAAAGAAUUUCCUUUAAGGAUAUUACCUAGGGAGAUUUGUUAUCAUAAGGGUCUCCUACAGAAGCCUUUAUCAGUAGGAAACGACUUCGGACUAUGCUCGAUUCGCUUACGACUAUGUUCUACACAGAGCGGUAAUGACAAUACAAAAUCAUCGCAACCGGAUGAUCAGAAAAAACCGGGUCUCAUACAACGGUUUAAGCAGAUGUAUAGAGAUUAUUGGUAUGUACUUGUACCUGUACAUAUGGCUACAUCAGCUGUUUGGCUUGGUGGAUUCUACUAUGCAGUAAGGAGUGGUGUGGAUGCAGUGAGCCUUCUAGAAUCAAUUGGUGUUAGUGAAAAACUAAUGGAACCAUUGAAACAAUCUGGUGCUGGUUACUUUGCCUUUACAUUUGCUUUGUAUAAGGCGGCAACACCUUUGAGAUAUGCUGUAACUUUAGGUGGUACAACUUAUGCCAUUAAUAAAUUAACCGCAAUAGGAUGGAUAAAACCUGUGCCCUCACGAGAGCGUAUCAAAGAGAUGUUGCAGGAGAAAAAAGAUAACAUACAAGACAAGUUCAAUGAAAGUAAGCAACAUUACCAGGUACAAAUGAAAGAAAAACAAACUCAGGUAAUAGAUGAAAUGAGACGGUAUAAAUCAGAGAUGCGUAACAUGAAGAGCAAGAUUAAGAAAAUGUAA